UGCACAUCAAAGAAUUCAUACAGCGGGGGAAACGUACAUAUGCUUUAAAUGUGGCAAGAGUUUCAUUCAAAAAUCAGCCCUCACUUCUCAUCAAAAAGUGCACACUGGAGAGAAACCAUAUAAAUGCAUGGAGUGUGGAAAGGACUUCAGCCACAGCAUGAACCUAAUUCAACAUCAAAGAAUCCAUACAGGGGGAAAACCAUGUACAUGUUUAGAAUGUGGGAAAAAUUUCAGUUCAAACAGAGUUCUCGUUUUACAUAAGAGAAUCCACACAGGGGAAAAACCAUACAAAUGCCUGGAGUGCGGAAAGAGCUUCUGUCGAAAAGCAAACCUUACUGCACAUCAAAGAAUUCAUACAGGGGGGAAAACGUACAGAUGCUUUGAAUGCGGCAAGAGUUUCAUUCAAAAAUCAGCCCUCACUUCUCAUCAAAAAGUGCACACUGGAGAGAAACCAUAUAAAUGCAUGGAGUGUGGAAAGGACUUCAGCCACAGCAUGAACCUAAUUCAACAUCAAAGAAUCCAUACAGGGGAAAAACCAUGUACAUGUUUAGAAUGUGGGAAAAAUUUCCGUUCAAACAGAGUUCUCGUUUUACAUAAGAGAAUCCACACAGGGGAAAAACCAUACAAAUGCUUGGAGUGUGGAAAGAGCUUCAGUCAGAAACCACAUCUUAUUUCUCAUCGAAGAAUCCAUACAAGGGAGAAACCAUACAAAUGCCUGGAGUGCGGAAAGAGCUUCUAUCGAAAAGCAAACCUUACUGCACAUCAAAGAAUUCAUACAGGGGAGAAAACGUACAGAUGCUUUGAAUGCGGCAAGAGUUUCAUUCAAAAACCGGCCCUCACUUCUCAUCAAAAAGUGCACACUGGAGAGAAACCAUAUAAAUGCAUGGAGUGUGGAAAGAGCCUCAGUACUAGCCAAAGCCUAACUCAACAUCAAAGAAUCCAUACAGGGGAAAAACCAUAUACAUGUUUAGAAUGUGGGAAGAAUUUCAGUUCAAACAGAGGUCUUGUUUUACAUAAAAGAAUCCACACAGGGGAAAAACCAUGCCAGUGCUUAGAGUGCGGAAAGAGCUUCCGUUACAGCUCAUAUCUUAUUUUACACAAGAGACUUCAUGCAGGGGAAAAACCAUACAAAUGCUUGGAGUGUGGGAAGAGCUUCAGACAGAAAUCACAUCUUGAUUCUCAUCGAAGAAUCCAUACAGGGGAGAAACCAUAUAAAUGCUUGGAGUGUGGAAAGGCCUUCAGUCAAAACUCACACCUGACUGUGCAUCGUAGAAUUCACACAGGAGAUAAACCUUAUACAUGCUUGACAUGUGGAAAGAGCUUCAGUAUUUGCGCAUCCCUCACUACUCACCAGAGAAUUCAUACGGGGGAGAAGCCAUAUAAAUGCUUCGAAUGUGGAAAGAGCUUCAGUCAGAGUACAAGCCUUUCUACACAUCAAAGAAUCCACAGAGGGGAGAAACCGUAUUCUUGCUUUGAGUGUGGAAAGAGCUUCAGUCAGAGCAGAAGCCUCACUUCUCAUCAGCACAGGAACCAUGUAAAUGCGGAGGCCUUUUCUACACCUAAGGGUUAUCCCAAGAAAAUGGACGGAUCGUCCCUGCCUGCGCCUGGGAUCCCCUGUGUGGUUUUUGGAUACACAGGCACUAUCCCGGAAUAUAGGGCUAGUGUAGACAUGCGCUUAGAAUGUUGAGAGAGCUUUGGGUGAGGCACAUGUGUUGCAUCUCAUCAAAGAUCCUGUUUGGACAACACCCUAUGCCAAAUGGUUAAUCAUUUUGAGCUAAACAUUCUGGCUUAGCGUGUCUUCUGAACCAUUCCAAACCAUUGUUUUUAAAAAUGUUAAACAUGUUUUUAAUUUUACUGUAGGUUUAAUUCUCAUUUAAACUUUUGUAGUUUUAAUUGUACACGUUUUAAUUUUGUAAACUGUCAUGAAUCUCAGUACUGGGAAAAAGGCUGGAUAUCAAUAUUAGGGCUGUUGCCGGACC